CGUUACCCAGUUACUUGGUUGACACAGUUGUACAGUUCCUACCAUUUAGGUCAUUUUCGUACACUUGUGUGAUUCACAAUAUUCUUUGCAUGCAUGAUAUUGUAAUACAGAAAUGUUGACAAUAAUCUAAUCUAAUAGGCACAAGUUCGGUAUAACAGUUUUUCUUGAUUUUCCACAGUUAUACCUAAUUGUUAAACACCGAAUUACUUAUUUUUCUCUUUUUUUUUUUAUAAAAAAAAAUUUGAAUUUUAUAAUUUGAUUUGAUAAAAAUGAAUUUGAUGCAAUGCAUUGCGGUUUAUGCGGUGUUCUUGUCGGUCGCGUUGGUACAAAACAUUGAUGGCAAUUUGUUUGGUUUGUUCGGGAAGAAGAAAGAAGGACCUGGAUCGACAACAGCAAGCCAAAUAACUCCCCUAACGGCCACCACAACUAUUCCAGAAAACAAAGUGCCAGACGCAGGCUCGAAAACCGGUGGCCGCGGUAUGUUUGGUAUGUUCGGGAAGAAGAAAGGAGAUCCUGGAUCGACAACUCCCCAUACGGCGGCCACCACAGCUGUUCCAGGCAACCAAGUGCCAAAUCCAGGAUCGAAAACAGCUGGUGGCGGUGGUUUGUGUGGUUUGUUUAAGAAGAAAAAACCAGUCGCAUCGACAAUUGCAAACGAAAUCCCAACGGCCACAGUUAUUCCAAGGAAGAUAGAAGAGAUCGGUUUUGAACAUAAAGAUGCCGAAAAACAUGUAUACAUAGUGGGCGCAUACGAAUACACGGCUACAACGUUUUUUAAAGUCCUCACCGGUCGAGUAGUGGACGAAAGUACAGUUGAAGAAACGGAUGUAUCUGUCGAAGGAAGUUCAAGCAGUGGCGGUUCGUCGUCCAGCUCGUCCAGCUCGUCCAGUUCGUCCGGUUCGUCCAGUUCGGAUGAAGAAAAAAAGAAAAAAAAGGGCAAGAAGAAAGAAAAGAGUAACAAGGAUAAAAAGGAUAAAAAAGAUAACAAGGGUGACAAGGAUAAAAAGGAUAACAAGGGCGAUAAGGGUGACAAGGGUGACAAGAGUAAGAAGGACAAGAAGGAUAAGAAGGAUAAGAAGGAUAAAAAGAAUAAAAAGGGUAAAGAAAUAGAAAACAAUGCCGAGGAAGAUACAACAAGCAAAGGACCAACCUUUAUGGAUCGAUUAAAAUCACCUUUUGCUGUGAUCGGAAGUUAUCUACCUUCUACUUAUCCGGUUGCUGGUUUACAUUAAAAAAAAAAAAAAAAUGAAAAUAUAAACAUUAUUAUGAAUUGUAAAUUAUGAACUGUUUUAUUUUAGCCCUCUACAACUUUAUUUAGCUUUCUCCUGCGUAUUCACCUAGUAACCUUCGCUUAAACGACAUUAAGUAAAUGAACAGAGUAGCCAUGAAAC